UUCCUCUCUGUUGAGAGAAAGAGGAGGAGGGGAAAAAACCACUUCCUCAGAGCAGAGUUUCUACUCUCAAGCCUCUUUCACUCGCUGCUCUGACAGUGUGAGAGAAACCGGAGAGGAGCAGAUUCCUCAGGGUACUUCAAACUUCCAGAGCACUUUGGAGAUGAAGGCAUUCAUUUCAAAUUCGGCUUGGCUUUUAGAAUGAAGUUUCCCUCUGUUUGUGGGAUGUUCUGAGUUUUGCGGCUGAAAAAACUUGCAGAGCUGUUGUUGCAUGACUCUCCUGUGAGUCUCUUUCUCCCCUUACGGCUGCAUUCUGAAGAAUUGGGGCACUGUGUUUGCAAGCAUUUCAGUCUCCGUUUUCCCAGGAACAACCCAGCUUUUCUUACUUUCAAGACUCUGGAUACUCUCUGGCUUUGCCUUGUCCCACAAACAAUGGACCUCCUUGUUCUUCAGGUCACCACAGGACUGGCUUUGCUCAUCCAGGCGCAGGAAGGUGGAUAAGGCACAGCUUGGAAAGACAGAGACCAGCAAGCUCUCCUUGUCUUUGUAUUUUAUGGAAUUCUUCUACCUACCUGAUGCUGUUCUUACCUGCUCGGCCAGACAGACCUUAGGAGUCACCUUUGAGAAUGAACGGUGAUGUUCUCUAGCCCCCCAUAACACCAUACUGCAGCUGCCUCCUACUUCAAGUCCUACUUCAAUGUGCUGCAGCUCAUCAGGACCUUGGAUCUUCUGCAAAUAGAGACUGGCAGCGAUCGACAGUCAGAUAUGACUAUCCAGAAACUGGUAGCCACAGCAGUGUUGGUAGCCCUGGUCUCACUUAUUCUUAACAACGCAGCUGCAUUUACUCCCAACUGGGUGUACCAGACCCUGGAGGAUGGGCGUAAGCGCACUGUGGGGCUAUGGAAGAUGUGCUGGCUGGCAGAGAAGGGCAGAGGAGGUGCAGGCACAAGCACCAGACAUGGGCAAGGGGAGGAGCGAGAGUGUGAAUCCCUGGGCUGGGGUUCAGAGUCAGCCGGGUUCCAGGAAUCUCGUAGCACUGUCAAACUGCAAUUUGACAUGAUGCGGGCCUGUAACCUUAUUGCUACUGUCGCCUUGACUGCUGGUCAGCUCAUUUUCGUCUUGGGUCUAGUGGAACUGCCUAUUAUUCCACAGGAUACCCAGUGGUGGGAAGAAGCCAUAGCUGCUGUGUUCCAACUUGCCAGUUUUGUUCUGGUCAUUGGAUUGGUAACUUUCUAUCGUAUCGGACCCUACACCAACCUGUCCUGGUCUUGCUAUCUGAACAUUGGGGCCUGCCUCCUGGCCACACUGUCAGCUGCCAUCCUCAUAUGGAACAUCCUUCACAGGCGGGAGGACUGCAUGGCACCUCGGGUCAUUGUCAUUAGCCGCACCCUGACUGCUCACUUCCGCCGGGGGCUGGAGAAUGACUAUGUUGAGUCACCAUGCUGAGAGUAUGUGCUUGAAAAGGAAGUGUCCUCUGCUGAGACUUGCAUUGGAAUUCUUUUCUAUUAAGUAUACACUGUAAUUUAAAAGUAAGUGUUUAAGGACAUCACAAAGCUCACUUUUUUUUGAAAGAGGCCCUCAAUUAUUAUGUGGAUGGGCUCCAUCUAUCAAUCUAU